AUGAAAAGCAAACGGGGCAGUACCACGGGCAAGGUGCUCUGCAUGGACGGGGAAGCUGAGUCAGGGCAGAGCAGUGAGGAGGAGACACAUCUGUACAUGAUUGAGUCAGAGGUCCAGGAGGACCUGCAACAGGUGAACCAAGCAGAUUACCUGAACGUAACGGGCCAACGCCUGGAACAAAUCAGGCGACACACAGACAAUGAUGAGGGUCUGCAGGCAUUGAGGUACACAGUCACCACAGGCUGGCCGGAUCUCAAAGAGCAGACAUCCAUUCCUGUGACCAACAAACUCCUUGAGCCGGUGGUGGUGACAGGAGUUACUGAGAAGCUUCAAUACAGGAGGCAGCUCGCCAAGUCGUUCUACGACCGGUCAGCGCGGGUCCUACCGGAGCUGGAGGUAGGAGAGACUGUCAGAAUGAAGCCUCCUCCUGGCGACACCUCCCGCAUAUGGAGAGCUGGAACCUGUCUUGGCAAGGUCGCGCCUCGGUCUUACCUUGUGGACAUGGACGGUUCUGUUUAUCGCCGCAACAGAGUGGAUCUUAGAGUGGCAGAAUCGGGGGCUGCUCUGGGAUUUGGGGACAGCGUUACUCCGCGCACCCUGCCGCUUCCAUACCGGGAACGGGACUUCUGUCUGCCUGCCGUUGUCUGCUGCCUCUGUCCACCCGUCUCCCUGCCUCCACUCACGGCAUGCUUCAACGGCCUCACUUCAACGCUUCAUCGCAGCACACGUCGGUGGCCGCACACUUCAACGCCCACACGCUUCGCCGACGCCACUUCGGUGGCCGCACGCUUCGACGACGCCACUUCGGUGGCCGCACGCUUCGACGACGCCACGUCGGUGGCCGCACGCUUCGACGACGCCACGCUUCGACUCCUCCUCCACGCUUCGACUCCUCCUCCACGCUUCGACUCCUCCUCCACGCUUCGACUCCUCCUCCACGCUUCGACUCCUCCUCCACGCUUCGACUCCGGCGCACGCUUCGACUCCGGCGCACGCUUCGACUCCGGCGCACGCUUCGACUCCGGCGCACGCUUCGACUCCGGCGCACGCAUGGACUCCGGCGCACGCAUCGACUCCGGCGCACGCAUCGACUCCGGCGCACGCAUCGACUCCGGCGCACGCAUCGACUCCGGCGCACGCAUCGACUCCGGCGCACGCAUCGACUCCGGCGCACGCAUCAACAAAGGCGCUCGCUUGGGCGGCGCACGCCUUGACGCGGCACGCCUUGACGCCUCAACAACGCCGCACGCUACGCCGCAGCACGCUUCAACGAUGGCGCACGCUUUGACGCAGCACGCUUUGACGCAGCACGCAUCAACGAUGGCGCACGCAUCAACGACGCAGCUCGCUUGGACGCCGCACGCCUUGACGCCGGCGCACGCCUUGACGCCGCAGCACGCCUUGACGAUGCCGCAUGCAUCAACGACGCCGCUCGCUUGGACGCCGCUCGCUUGGACGGCGCACGCCUUGACGCCUCAACGACGCUGCACACCUUGA